AUGGUUCUACAGAAUCUGAUCGCCAGAGUCAGCGAUGGCCUUAUUCUUGCCACAUCAAUUGAAGGAGCCGAUGACGUAUGUUCAUUUGGCUGUGUAUAACAUGUUUUUAGCCAGAUAUGGUCAAAUACACGACUCAAGCCAAGAAGUUGUUCAGGAAAUUAAACACGCAGGGCACACCGAAUCCUCAGAUUGUUGAAAGUGGUCCGUAUUUGUUCUAGUAAGUGUUAUAUUUGAGUAUUUCAUGUUUUAGUUAUAUUGUUAAAGGUCCGAUCUGUGCCUUAGCUCUUUGUGAGCGGAACUUCCCUCGUCAAUCAGCCUUCAGUUUCUUAGAAGACGUAGCAAACGAGUUCAUUGGACAGUAUGGUGCUCAGAUUGAUAGAAUUACCCGACCUUAUCAUUUCUUGGAGUUUGGUAAGAUUUUAUAUUAUUUUAGAUAUACCUCGUUUUUAAUUAUAACUUAUUAGAAUAAUUUUACCUUGAUUUUAAGUGAGGAUAUUAAAUACCACAGCCAGGUUAAACUCUAUAAUUCAAAGUUUUUUAUAAGGUUUGCAUGUUAUAUUGUUUUAGACUCAUACAUUCAACAGGCCAAGAGAAAAUACGGAGAUAGAAACAGAUAUGCGAUGUCAGCAGUAAGUACAGAGCUACAAGAUGUCACUCGAAUUAUGGUGUCUAAUAUUGAAGAUGUUAUUCAUAGAGGAGAAGCUUUAAACAGUAAGUUUGUUUAAUAAUAUUGUUGUAGAUCUGUUGUUCUAAUAUCGCAUAUAAUACUUUCGUGGGUAAUAUAUAAUAAGUAAUAAUAUUUUUUCUAGUUUUGGAGACGAGAGCCUCUGAUCUGUCUGACCUUUCUAAAAAGUACAGGGAAGAUGCACGACAACUGAAUCGUCGAAGUGCCAUGAUCAAGAUAUUUAUGGGUAUCGGAAUUGCGGGAGCCAUUUUCUUAUUCCUUCGGUUCUUCAUCUUUUGA